CCACCUAUACCGCCUUCUUGGAAGGGGAACACCUCCACGUUUAUACUCUCCCAAUCGCCCAUUCCCUCCCCCCAAACAAUUACUUCCCUCCUACCUUCCAUACCCCCUCCAAACCAUCAAAAUGGCCGAACCAGUCACCUACCCCCCGCUCAACCAGCGCCCCAUCAAGAACACAAUCGUCCUCUUCGAUGUCGACAACACCCUCACCCCCGCGCGCGCAGUCGGCACCCCCGAUAUGAUCCAAAUGCUCGCCGACCUGCGCCAAAAAGUCGCCAUCGGCUACGUCGGCGGCUCCGACUUCGUGAAGCAGCAAGAGCAGCUGGGCACGGCGUCUCUGAGCGUCACAACACGUUUUGACUUCUGCUUCCCCGAGAACGGGUUGACGGCGUACAAGCUGGGAUCGUUGCUGCCGAGCCAGAGCUUCAUCAAUUGGAUUGGCGAGGACAGGUAUAAGGAGCUGGUCAAGUUCAUCUUGCAUUAUAUCGCGGAUCUGGAUAUUCCGAUUAAGAGGGGCACGUUUGUCGAGUUCAGGAAUGGGAUGAUCAAUGUUAGCCCCAUUGGGCGUAAUGCGAGUACGGAGGAGAGGAAUGAGUAUCAGAAGUAUGAUCUGGAGAAUAAGAUUCGCGAGACGUUUGUGAACGCUCUGCGCGAGAAGUUUGCGGAUAUUGACUUGACCUACUCUAUCGGUGGCCAAAUCUCCUUCGACGUCUUCCCCACCGGCUGGGACAAGACCUACUGCCUUGGGCACCUCGAGGCUGACGCCAAGAAGCCCGAUGGCGUCGAGUACACCACCAUCCACUUCUUUGGCGACAAGACGUACAAGGGCGGCAACGACUACGAGAUCUACGAGGACCCACGCACGAUCGGCCACAGCGUGACUGACCCCGAUGACUGCUUCAAGCAGGUCAAGGCGCUGUUUGAUUUGUGACUGCAGCGGGGGAGUAUGCUUUAGCUUAAUAUGCCCGAGGGGUGAAAAAAGGAACACGGGGCGAGGACGGGACAAUAAUAAUUGGAGAACUCCCGAGAUGAGCGUAGCUCAAGGAGGAGUUGUGAGGACAAAAAGAAUCAUGAGA